CUUCAACCUAACGCCCUGGCGUCGCACGGAAACCGCCAGUCUAGACAACUCGCAUCUGCACCCCCUCAAUCAUCCCCCCCCCCGUCCGCCAUCGACAAACUCGUCCGGGACGCGUCGCCUCCAUCGCAGGAGCCAUCUCGCGAGGCAGCGACAAGACCAUGCGAGGCUUCUGCACCGUCGCCAAUGGCCUCCGUCACUCGCUCCAACCGGCGAGCUGAAGGCCUCCCUCACCAUGCCCAUCCUGCCAGCGCCGUGGUCGCCGCAGCAGCCGCCGCUGCCGCUGCCGCAGGUGCUGGCGGCGGACCCCUCGCGCGCCCUGUGCCAGCGGCCGCCCUGUACCCUCACGACGGGCGACAAAAGCGCGGCCUCGAGGCGUCGGAUCGCGACAUGGACGCCUUCAGGGCUAAGAAGACGCGCAUCGCCGUCGAGAUCUUGUCCAAGCCGACGCCCAACGACGCCGCGCCCAGGGCCAGGCCCCCCCCUCCGAUACCGCGACCGCCGCACCACCAGCUCCCGCACCCACAACAACAUCAACAUCAGCACCUGCACCGCCAGCACCACCAGCCGCAGCAUCACCACCAACCUCACCGCCACGCCCACCAACAGCCCUUGCCGCCUCAAGUGGCCGCGACCAGACCUCCGCCGCAGGCCACGGCCGCGGACGCCGACCCAAACCUCACAAAGCACCAGGCCAAGGUGAUCAAUGGCAUCAAGCACGAGCUGGACCGGCUGCACCCACAGCAUCCCGUUCCGCCCAGGGAACAGGGCCGCAAGCUGCGAUCCCAGGAGGCGACGCGCUUCAAAAGCGACCUGUCGGCCUAUUUUCCUGACUAUGACGAGGUCAUCGGCAAUGAUCCCAAGGAGCAGCACCUGCUGAACCCCGAGACGCCGGUUGUUGUUGUCGAUUCGAACCCACGACGCGUUGCGCCGGAGCCACCUCGAGGGGCGCUGAAACAACCAGUUCUCCAGCUUAGCCAACCCGCUGUCGACUUCCCCGUCCGUGGGUACGGCGACUCGCUUUACAACGACGUGUUUGACUCGCAGCGAAUCGACUUUCGGUUCCUGGAGACGCAGCAGACCAGCAAAAAUCUCGAAGACCCGUUGCCCGACAGCGUAUUCGAACCAAUACACAAGCGUGCCGAGCGGCUGGAGCGGUCGAUUCGCAACUCGGAAAAGGGGCGCGCCCAACAUGAAAAGGACCAGAUCAUUCGGCUGCUCGAGGGCCUCCAGGGCCACGACUGGCUACGGGUCAUGGGCGUGAGCGGCAUAACGGAAACGAAGAAGAAGACUUUCGAGCCGGCGCGGGCCUACUUCAUCAAGGGAUGUCAGGCAAUACUGGAAAAGUUCAAAAACUGGAGCUUGGAGGAGCGACGGCGGAAGCAAGAACGAGAGAGAGCAUUGGCGGAGCAGGCGGCUGAGAGCAAGAGCGACGAGCAAGAGGACGAGGAGCCGAGCACCCACGAUGACGAGGAGGAUGAAGAGGACGAGGGGGGGAAUGAAGACGAAGAAGCGGACGAGGACACGGUAAUGCAAGGCACGGGCGACGACACCCGCGAAGGGUCGGAGGACGUGUCGACGUCACAGGACGACACCAGCGAGGCCUCGUCGCCCGCCAAGCAGCUCCGCCAGGAGGCAAUGGCCAGAUCGCGCAUGGCCGCCGCUCUGAAACAGGCGCGAUCCGCGAGACCGACGCCUCCCAAACCGCCAGAAACGCCUCGUGAAUUCAAAUCAUUCUUCAGCAAGCGAUAUGAGCGCGAAAGCGCGCUCAACAAGAACCGGCGCACGGGCAGAAAAGUCAUGGCAUGGGGCCAUCCGCUACCCGAGCUGCCGGAGGCUGACUUUGUCCUGCCCGAGGAGUACCGAGACUCGGAGACGCUCAAGGCGCGGGCGAGGAAGAAGCGGAGGGACAAGCGCGGCAGCAAGCCGUGAUGUACUAUCGAGGAUAGAGCGUUAUUAUACCAUUUGCUGGGGCAUUUCCUCGCCUCUCGCGCGGGCAGCAGAAGGGUACGGAUUCACUGACAUGGCACGGGGUGCUGGCAUGGCGUUUUGGGGGAGAGAAUGAUGGGAGUCUGGACCGGACACAUUUGUACCGAGUAGGAUCAUCACUGGCUGGGGACACGCAAGUUAGGUUCGUGUCGUCCAAGCGGCUUCCAAGUAAGUAUCCGCUUGGGACAGAAAGCUUCAAUUCACUGCACGAGCA